AUGGCCGAUCCAGCAUCUAUUGUCAGUCUGAUCCUAGAGACCGGCCGGGUAAUCACCUGCCUGAUCAACUAUGCCCACGCCGUACAGAACGCGAAAGCAGACUCCCGCCGGCUAAGCGAAGAGCUCUUCGCGCUCAAGGGCAUCCUCGAGCAUCUAGCCGCGCACGAGCGGGCACCACAGCCAGACGACUCCAAGGAUUCGACAGCAGCCAUUGACCCCGCCAUCCUCUCGCGCACCCUGUACACGACCAGCCAGCUGCUCGGGUCCCUCCUGAAGGAUCUCGAAGAACCCGCGACCAAGAGCCAGCGCCUGAAACAGCGCCUGACAUGGCCGUUCACGCAGGACCAGUUCAACAAGCACCUCGCUCGUCUGGAACGCGUGAAGUCGUGGCUGAUCCUGGUGCUCAUGACCGACAAUGCCUCUGCCACCCAGGAUCUGCACCAGGAGAUCAAUACCCUGACGGGCUUCUUGCGCGAGGACCUGAAGAUCCGCGCCGAGGAACGCAACCUGGCGGAGAACCGCAGUUUGUUCGCCUGGCUGGCUCCUGUGAGUCCCGCUAAUGCUCACCUGCGCGCAUCCAGGGCCCGCGAGAUUGGGAGCGGGCGCUGGUUUCUUCAUGGGCAUGUCACGCCGUGGUUGUUGACGGGGCCUCAGUCGAAGAAUAUUUUGUUUCUCGUGGGUAAAUCGGGUGCUGGGAAGACCACGCUGUUUGCGCAGGUUGUCGACGAGCUGACCGUGCAGUCCUCCGCCGACCCAGACUCCUCCUUCUCCUUGGCGUAUUUUUACUGUGCAUUCGGUGAUACGGCCUCGCAGGAUCUCGUGAAUAUCCUGGGUUCGCUGGUGGCCCAGCUGUCCAGCUCGAUGCCAUCCAUUUUGGACAGCAUCCGGCCUAUCUACAACGACACACCGAAGAGCCAAACACACCGGCACCCUAUUGAUAUCAAUAUCCUAGAGGAUGCCAUCAUCCGGCAUUCUUCAGGGUCUAGGCAGGUUGUUCUUCUGAUCGAUGCGAUCAACGAGAGUCUUCAUGCUGAGCGUAUCAAGCGCUCUCUCUUACGACUCGCCAGCCUGUCCACUAAUCUUCGCAUUGUCAUUACUAGCACGACUGAUGUGAUUUCUUCCAUUCAUGCCACUGCCGUGAAUAUGAAUGCCGAGGUUAUUCGGAACGAUAUCGAGGCGUUUAUCCAUCACAGGUUCAAGCAGGAUGAGACACUGGGCCAUUUGAGUGCUGCAUUGAAGGAGGAAAUCAGUACUACCCUCCUCAGCGAGGCUGAUGGCUCUUUUCGCUGGGCCCAACUCUCGCUGGACAAUCUUAGUGCGCAACGAACCGCAAAGUCUAUGCGGGAGGCCCUCCGCAAUCUACCUGGCACAUUGCGAGAGACUUACGCCAGCAUCUUGGAAAGAAUUGCUCCCAGCGACUGGCUUUUUGCCCGCGAAGCACUGUUCUGGCUCAGCUUCGCCAAACGACCUCUCACGCUCCGCGAACUCAACGAGGCCGUAGUGCUCGGCGAGACAACCACAGUCCUCGACGACGACAUGACACUGGUUUCUCCUCAUGUCAUUCUCCAGAUAUGUCAGGGAUUCAUCACGCGAGACCGGACGGGGAAGGUCAACCUGGCCCACUCAUCCGUCAAGGACUUCCUAACCUCGGAAUGGAUCCGCUCCUCUCGCGUGCAAUACUUCAGUCUGGACCCGUCGACCGCAGACUCAACCAUAAUGCGCAAGUGCCUUUCCUACCUCUGUCUUGAGAACCUGCGCUCGGGGUACAGACCCUCGCCCAUACUCGCCAUGCAGCGCCUCCAAGAAUACCCAUUCCUGGAAUACGCCGCGCAGUACUGGGCGCUGCACGGUGCAUCGUGCAAGUUCGAAGACCGCGAUCGGCAGAUGGUCAACCGCUUCUUUGAAACCAAGCAUCUGCCGCAGCGCGGCAACUUCGGCGCCUGGGUGCAGACCCUGAUCCCGGAGGCUGAUAUCGCGCAUAUCGAGACCACGCACCCGCUGUACUAUGCUGCGUCUUUUGGGUUGGUGUCUGUCGUCCGCGCUAUUCUUGACUCGGAUCCGGAUAUCGAUGUUGAUGCGCCCGGCGGUCGGUUCGGAUCUACUCCGCUGUUUGUGGCGUGCUGGCGCUCUAACUAUGAGGUUGCUCGGCUGCUCCUCUCUGUGGGGGCGAAUCCUAACAUUCUGGAUGCGAGCUCGGGGCUUACGUCGUUCUCGCUUGCUCGGUUGAAGCGGCAUCGUCCGCUGGCGGGUAUUUUGGAGACAGCCCUGGUCAAAUAA